GGGCAAUAAUAAAGUACGUCUUGUUUCCAAACAGCCCAUAAUAUAACUCAAACCCUUAAUUUUCCCUUUGUGCGAUUUCAGCAUCUUCAUCGUCUUCGUUGAUUAGCAGAACCAAAGAAGUCGAAAACGCUACAUCAAACCAUCUUCGCAUAAGAAAAUUAGCACAUAACCAUUCCGUAUACCGACGAUUCACUCUUAUCUUCGCAAAGGCAUGGCUGAUUUCGGUGGAUCUGUGCAGAAUCUGUGAAUCAAAAGGCAUGUGGAAAAAAAUACAUAGUUCAUGAAUAUGUACGAGUUCUUUAUACAUGAUGGCUCGAGUAGAUGAAGAUGCAUCAUUGCAGAUGAAUGUGCAGGCACAUAUGUCUGGACAAAUCUCAGGGCAGGUACCACCUAAUCAAGCUGGCACUCAGGUGCUUGGACUACAUCAGCAGAAUGGAAGUUCUCUUUCUACACAGUUACAAAAUUUAAGUGGUCGUCGUAAUACACUGAUUAUGGAACCUGAGUUAGUGAAAGCACGCAGAUUUAUGCAAGAGAAGAUCUAUGAAUAUCUUAUGCAACGGCAGCAACAAGCUCAUGAUAUACAACCAAAGCGGGUUCAAGAUAUUGUAAGACGCCUGGAUGAAGGUCUAUUCAGAAAUGCUGCCUCAAAGGAGGAGUAUCUGAGCCUGGAGACUCUGGAGAAUCGUUUGCAUGUUUUGAUCAAGCGUUUACCAACGAGUAAUCAUAACCAACAGUAUCCGCAGCUUGCUAAUUCUUCCUCUCCUAUUGCUACAAUGAUACCAACUCCGGGUAUGACUCACAUUGGGAAUUCAAGCAUGAUGGUUACAUCAUCUGUGGAUGCUUCCAUGAUUGCUGCCAGUGGUGGUAAUAACAUAGCACCUGCAACUGGCAAUACUGGAAGCUUAUUGCCAACUGCCAAUGGGCCUGCUGUUGGGAUGCACGGAGGUCCUUUCAAUUCCUCUGAUGGGUCUAUGUCUAAUGGAUAUCAACAGUCGCCUUCCAAUUUUUCCAUAAGUUCCAGUGGAAACAACAUGCUGUCCUCAAUUGGUGUACAAAGAAUGACAAGCCAAAUGAUCCCUACUCCUGGAUUUAAUGGCAAAAAUAAUCAGUCUUUCAUGAAUUUGGAAUCUUCUAAUAAUGCUGGUGCUUUUUCAACUGUUGAAACUACUAUGGUAUCACAGCCUCUGCUACAAAAGCAGCAUGUUGGUGGUCAAAACAGUCGGAUAUUGCACAACCUUGGUAGCCAUAUAGGUGGUGGAAUUAGGUCUGGUUUGCAACAGAAAUCUUUUGGAUAUUCAAAUGGGGCAUUAAAUGGUGGUUUGGGUAUGAUGCGGAGCAACUUACAGACGAUCAAUGGUCCUGGAACUUCUGAGGGCAGUUUGACAGCCGCAUCAUAUGGCAGUUCACCCAAACCUUUGCAACAGCAGUAUGAUCAACAUCAGCAGCCAAUGAUGCAGGGUGAUGGAUAUGGGAUGAUCACUCCUGAUUCUUCUGGGUCUGGAAACUUCUAUGGUCCUGUAACCUCUGCUGGUUCAGCAAUGAAUAAUCAGAAUUUCAAUCCAGCAAGCUUGCAGUCUCGAUCAAGAACCAACUCUUCGUUGAUGACUAAUCAGUCAAAUCUGCACACUACCCAACAGGGUGCACAUAUAAAAUCUGAAUCUAUUGAUCCAUCAGAAAAGAUGAACUUCCAAGCAUCGAGCUCAUUGCAAGAAAAUCUCUUACAAUCUCAUCAUCAGCAACAAUUUCAGCAGCAGCCCCAUCAGUUACAACCCCAAUUUGCUCAACAUCAAUGCCAACAAAAGCAGCAAAUUCAGCAGAACCAGAUAUUGUUAAAGAAUGAUUCUUUUGGUCAUUCUCAGCUGACUUCUGAUCUAGGAAGUCAGCUAAAGCCUGAGCAAAUCGAGUGCCACGAUGAAGUUAUGCACUCACAAGUUUUAGAACAGUUACAAUUUUCUGAGUUGCAGAACCAAUGGCAGCAAAGUUCUGCUGAAGAUCAUUCCAGAGGCACACAGUUUCUUUCUCCUCCAUCUGUCUCGCAGAAUAUAUGCUCAUCACUGACUCAAACUUCACAACAGAUGCAACAAUUGUUGCAUCCUCACAUGCUGGUUGUUGACUCUCAAAAUGAUUUUAGCUGUCUUUCUGUUGGAGCACAGUCAGAGAGACUACUGCGAAGCCAAUGGCAUCCGAAGUCACAGGACAGGUCUCAAAUAGCAGGGAACUUCUCGCAUGAGAAGAAUAUUCAAGAAGAAUUCCGUCAGAGAAUAACUGGGCAAGAUGAAGCGCAACGCAAUAAUUUAUCAUCAGAAGGAUCUAUUUGUCAAAUUGUUGUUACUAGAACAGUAGAGCCCCCAAACUCAGGUGGCGCUACCUGUAGAUCUGGUAGUGCCAACCGUGAACGGCAGUUCAGGAAUCAACAAAGGUGGCUAUUGUUUUUGAGGCAUGCUCGUCGUUGUAUGGCCCCAGAAGGGAAAUGCCAGGAAGUUAACUGCAUAACUGCUCAAAAACUUUGGAUGCAUAUGGACCACUGCAAUGUAUCUCAAUGUCCAUACCCUCGUUGCCACCACACGAAGAUACUACUUAAUCAUCACAAGCGUUGCAGGGACCCAGGUUGCCCUGUUUGCAUUCCAGUCAAGAAUUAUCUGCAGACACAACUGAAGGCACAUGCUCAUUCAGAUUCUAAUUCUGGCUUGCCAUGUUUGGUCAAUGGAUCCUGUAAAUCACGUGAUAGUGGAGACAUGGCAGCUCGAUUCACUUCAAAGACAAGUCCACUAGUUGUUGAAACUACAGAAGAUUUACAAACUUCGCUGAAACGCAUGAAGACUGAGCCAUCUUCUCAGUCUCUUGUUCCUGAGAGUGAAAGUUCUGCUGUUUCAGUUCCUACCAGCAGUGAACCUCACAUACUUCAUGAUGCACAAUGUGAGGAAUACCAACAUGAUGACAUUUAUAUGCCAUUGAAAGCUGAGGUUAUGGAAGUGAUGGAAAUUCCUGUAAACCCUGGGCAAGGAAGUCCUAAUAUUAGUGAUCUGAAGAAGGAUAAUAUGGAUGAUUCCUACUGCCAAAAAUCUGUAGGUGAAACUGUUAUGUUGAACAAUCCUGCUGGUUCUGAUCAGCAACAGUGCAUUAAAAGUGAGAAAGGGAUGGACCAAGCUAAACAGGAAAAUGUAGCACUGCCUGCUGAAAAUGCAACUGGAUCCAAGUCUGGGAAGCCAAAAAUAAAUGGAGUAUCACUGACUGAGCUAUUCACUCCUGACGAAGUGAGGCAGCAUAUUAUAGGUCUCAGGCAGUGGGUUGGCCAGAGUAAAGCAAAGGUAGAAAAAAAUCAAGCAAUGGAACAUUCAAUGAGUGAGAACUCAUGUCAGUUAUGUGCAGUUGAGAAGCUCACUUUUGAGCCACCACCUAUAUAUUGUACGCCGUGUGGUGCUCGUAUUAAAAGAAAUGCAAUGUACUACACCAUAGGAGCUGGUGAUACGCGGCACUACUUUUGCAUUCCGUGCUAUAAUGAGGCCCGUGGAGACAAUAUCCUUGUAGAUGGAACUGUUAUUCCGAAGGCAAGGCUGGAGAAGAAGAAAAACGACGAGGAGACUGAAGAAUGGUGGGUUCAAUGUGACAAGUGUGAGGCUUGGCAACAUCAAAUCUGUGCAUUGUUUAAUGGUCGAAGGAAUGAUGGUGGGCAAGCUGAAUACACGUGUCCGAAUUGCUAUAUAGACGAAGUUGAAAGAGGAGAGCGUAUGCCCUUACCGCAGAGUGCUGUUCUAGGGGCAAAAGAUUUGCCUAGAACAAUUCUCAGUGACCACAUAGAGCAGCGAUUAUUUAGGCGGUUGAGGCAGGAAAGACAAGAGAGGGCAAGGGUUCAGGGGAAGAGUUAUGAUGAGGUUCUAGGAGCAGAAUCACUUGUAGUUAGAGUUGUGUCAUCAGUUGACAAAAGGUUGGAUGUUAAGCAGCGAUUCCUCGAGAUUUUUCAAGAAGAGAAUUAUACAAUAGAAUACCCAUAUAAAUCCAAGGUAGUAUUGUUAUUUCAGAAUAUUGAAGGUGUGGAAGUAUGCCUGUUUGGCAUGUAUGUUCAAGAAUUUGGAUCUGAGUGUCACCAGCCCAAUCACCGCCGCAUUUAUCUCUCAUAUCUGGAUUCCGUUAAGUAUUUCAGGCCUGAGAUUAGAGCAGUCACAGGAGAGGCACUCCGCACAUUUGUUUACCAUGAAAUUCUGAUUGGAUAUCUGGAAUAUUGCAAGAAACGUGGUUUCACAAGUUGCUAUAUAUGGGCUUGCCCUCCAUUGAAGGGUGAAGACUAUAUUUUAUAUUGCCAUCCAGAAAUUCAAAAAACACCAAAAUCUGAUAAACUCAGAGAAUGGUACUUGUCAAUGUUAAGAAAGGCUGCAAAAGAAGGCAUUGUGGUUGAGCUCACUAAUUUAUAUGAUCAUUUCUUUGUAUCCACUGGGGAAUGCAAGGCCAAGGUAACUGCAGCUCGGUUGCCUUAUUUUGAUGGGGACUACUGGCCUGGUGCUGCAGAGGAUAUGAUCUAUCAGCUUCGUCAAGAAGAAGAUGGCAGAAAACAACAUAAGAAAGGGACAACCAAAAAGACCAUAACCAAAAGGGCUCUAAAAGCAUCUGGUCAAUCUGAUCUUUCUGGAAAUGCAUCGAAGGAUUUGCUACUGAUGCACAAACUUGGUGAAACGAUUUGCCCAAUGAAGGAAGAUUUUAUUAUGGUUCACUUGCAGCAUGCAUGCACGCAUUGCUGUAUUCUAAUGGUAUCUGGAAACCGUUGGGUUUGCAACCAGUGCAAAAAUUUUCAACUUUGUGACAAGUGUUAUGAAACUGAACAAAAACUUGAAGAGAGAGAGAGACAUCCCAUCAAUCAUAGGGAUAGACACAUGCUUUAUCAGGUUGAAAUCAAUGAUGUACCUCAAGAUACGAAGGAUAAAGAUGAGAUUCUUGAGAGCGAAUUCUUUGAUACAAGACAGGCAUUUUUGAGUCUUUGUCAAGGAAAUCAUUAUCAAUAUGAUACACUCCGCCGGGCUAAACAUUCUUCUAUGAUGGUACUUUACCAUCUUCACAAUCCCACUGCUCCUGCAUUUGUGACAACUUGCUACAUAUGUCAUCUUGAUAUUGAAACUGGUCAAGGUUGGCGCUGUGAGAUUUGCCCCGAUUACGAUGUAUGCAAUUCUUGUUAUGAAAAGGAUGAAGGAAUUGAUCAUCCUCAUAAGUUGACAAACCAUCCAUCGAUGGCCGAUUGUGAUGCACAGAACAAAGAAGCUAGGCAACUACGAGUUUCAGAGCUUAGAAAAAUGCUUGACCUUCUGGUGCACGCAUCUCAGUGCCGUUCUCCACAUUGUCAAUAUCCAAAUUGUCGCAAGGUGAAGGGUCUUUUCCGCCAUGGUAUACAAUGCAAAACACGUGCUUCUGGAGGUUGUGUUCUCUGUAGGAAAAUGUGGUAUCUGCUUCAACUUCAUGCUCGAGCUUGCAAGGAAUCUGAAUGCCAUGUACCACGUUGCAGAGAUUUGAAAGAACAUUUGAGGAGGCUGCAACAGCAAUCUGAUUCCCGACGAAGGGCAGCAGUAAUGGAGAUGAUGAGGCAACGGGCUGCUGAGGUUGCUGGCAAUGCUGGAUGAUGAACCGCCGUGCGUUGUACAUACAUAUAUAUAUAUAUAUAUAUAUCUAUAAGUUGUACAUGUUUUGCAGAGGACCUUCCAGUUAAUUGUUUUGAGCAGGGCAGCAAGAUAGCUGAAGGGGAGAUUUUAGAAUUUUAGAGGGAGAUUGCAAAAAGAAAUUGCUGCACAGAUUGGUUGGUAAUCACCAGAUAGUGAUACUGAUAGUGAUAGUGAUAGUGAGUAAUUCUUUCAUUGGUAUCGUUUCGUGUAUGGCUGGCUGGCUGGUUGGCUGGUCAUGGGCUCUCUCUCUCUCUCUCUCUCUC